AUGGAUGUGGAGGAGGUGAAGGCUGCGUCUGUAUUCGGUUUUUCGCCAGGGUCGCAUCGCAUGUCUCCGCCUUUGAGUCCGGUGGAUUCCGGGGGUCAGGAGGCGGUGGCUGAAGGCGUGUUGGAGCGACGGCGACGUCUGACGAAGAAGAUGCCGGAGCAGCGGAAAGCGGAGCAGCGGAAAGCGGAGCAGCGGAAAGCGGAGCAGCGGAGGGAGGCGCAGCGGAAGGCGGAGCAGCGGAGGGAGGAGCAGCGAAGGGAGGCGCAGCGGAAGGAGGAGCAGCGGAAGGAGGAGCAGAGUGAGGAGGAAUAUGACGUGGCGGCGGCGGCGAAGCGGCUGGAUGAGGCCUCGUUGGACAAGGUGGAGGUGUAUUACCGGAGCGGUAAGGACUGGGUGUGCGAUGAAGGGUUUAUGCGUGCACCGCGGAGUUGCAUCGGUAAGGCGAUCUACAGCAUUUUCGCGUUGGGUAUCCGUUGCGCCGACGAGGAGUAUUUGGCGCAGUACUCGCCAUCCGUGUUCUGGAACCUGCACCUGUUGGCUCAGGUCUACCAAAUGAGCUUUCUGGAAAGCUUAGUACAUUGUCUGGAAGCUUUCGAAAAUGACAAAACUGAAUUUACGGUUAGUAGCUUCCAACGUCGCGGCCGGCAUAGCGUGGAGGAAUUUAGAGGCGGCCUGGCCCACACCAGCGGCCGAACUAGUCGGCGCAUCCGCAGGCUGUCUCUCAUCCCCGUCAAUCAACUGCCUGGCUACCUAGAUCCGCGGGCCAUCAAGACCACCGCCGGCGCCGAAACCACGGAGAUUACUGGCGAGUCUAGCCAGCCGCCGAGCACAGAUGGGCAAAUGCCUCCCAGUACCUUGGAAUCUGGACCAACCGACCCGGCAAUCCCGAGCACCGAUACACUUACGAUCGGAGACGGCUCGACCGGGCCUGCUUCGGUUCCCGCGGUGGAUGUGGAGCGACUAAAACAGCUGCAGGAAUUGGAGUUGGAACGGCAGGCGCACCUGGACCGCGAGAAGUCCUACACUCUAGAGAUAUAUAGGAAGACCAUCCGGAGAACGGUGCUCUACUACUCAAAGCCAAGAGCCUUCCGCUACUUCGUGCCCAGUAUUGUACGGCACAAACCCUGCAGCAUUCCCGAGUGCAGUUUGCGGAGAGCGGCUUCGCGGCCUGGGACGCAAGCCGUGUCUCAUGCAGCUGGAAGUAACAGCCUUUCGGCAGCCGGUCAAGGCACUCUUACCGGCAGCGAGAACGCUGGCGAGAAUGGUGGCGAAAAUGGUGGGGCUGAAGACAAGACUGUGGCUGGAGACAGCGGUGGAGAUAAGGCUGGCAAUGGCGUUGGGGCUGGUGACAGUAAUGUUGGUAGCAGCGAGGCGGUUCUGGUUGCUGAGAACGAGGACGCUGUGGGCGCAUUUUUGACUUACGGCGAGGGCGAUGUGGUGAUGGAUUUCGAUGAGGAAGGCGACUUGCUGUCGGCCGUGGGGGUCCUUGCUUUGUGCGAGAACAUUGAGAAUGUGAAGCACGGAGCGGACGUCGACAAGGUUUGUCAUAUGGAUCCGGAUCGGCGUGAUGACUUGAUGGUCGCCGCCAGAGUGGUAGUGUCUCAUCCGCCCUCUCGUUUCCGGAAGGUGGAAAGAUUGCUGCAGGCCAACAUCCACUUCUACAAGUCGCUGCUAGUGGGCGUCCAAGGCUUUCCCGAAGCCAACUCUGGAUUCAUGGAGGAGAUAAUUGGAGAGCUGACUGCGGGUGUUAAAAGUAUUGUCAUGUUCGGCCAGACGGCUGCCGACUUCGCACUGGAAAGCGGACACAAUGGAACCGGAGUGAGCGGCAUGCAUCAUAGACGCAGGAACAAGGCCAGCUCUUCCGUUUUCGACCAAGAUGGAUUUCAGGUGCAGCAGUGUAUGGCUCGAGACCGGCGGGAAAAGACAUAUUCAGACGCCUGCUCAAACGACUAUACGGCCCCCGUUAUCAUCGCCACCAACGGGGACAAAGGCAGGGGCGUCUUUGCUGCAAGCACUAUAUACAAAGGCGAUUUCGUCUGCGAGUACAAAGGAAUGUUCUGCAAAACCUCGGCGCUUAUCAAACAAAGAGAAGAUCGCUGGGAACGACUACAAAGGGGAAGCUAUAUCUUCUGCUACAAAAGCCCAAUCGAUGGGCAACUCAUUGGAAUCGAUGCCACAGAAGAAAACGUCGAAUACGGCUGGGCAAGACUGGUUAACCACUCUCAUCAACACCCUAACUUGGAAAUCACUCUAAUCAAGAACCUACGACCGACCAAGGAUAACAAUAGAUACUUCUUGGCGUUUAGAGCCGCUCGGGACAUUAUGAUAGGUGAAGAGCUUCUGAUUGACUACGGCGAGCGACGAAAGACGAUUCUCGAGCGGAAUCCGUGGUUGAUCAACAGCUAA